AUAUCACUCUCUCAUUUCUCACUCACUCCAUUCUCACAUCUUCUUCUUUUUCUCUUUCUCCUUCUCCACUUCUCUCUCCCUUAUGUCCACCGCUGAUUCCCCAAUAUCGGCCUCAGCAACAGCCACAGGUGUCGGCCUUGGUUAUGGUAUCGCUAUUGCUGUUAGCAUUCUCGUUCUCAUUUCUACCAUAAUGCUUGCUUCAUAUGCUUGUGUAAGAGUUAAAGGUAAUUCUAUUGGUCGUAGUGGUAGUGAUGAUGAGCGCAAUAUAUACAGAUCAAAUCACCAGUUCAUUUCCGCUGACUCGAUGGAGCCCGUAACGGUGGUGGGCCUUGAUGGGCAGGCAAUUGAAUCGUAUCCGAAGUUGGUGUUAGGUGAAAGCCGACGACUUCCUAAGCCCAACAAGGGCCCUUGCUCAAUCUGCUUGUCUGAUUACCAGUCUAAAGAUACCAUACGGUGCCUUCCAGAUUGCUGUCACUGUUUCCAUGCUGAUUGUGUUGAUGAAUGGCUUAAGAUGAGUGCCACGUGUCCCUUGUGUAGGAAUUCUCCUGCUCCCUCGGCAGGCUCUACACCUAUUGCUACUCCUCUGUCUGAGUUGGUGCCUUUAUCCCUCCACUCCAGGUGAUCAAUUUGUGCCAAGAUGGUUGAUUUUACAUUUUUUCCCCUUUCUUAUUUGUAAAAUUUAUUUAAUUUAGUCUCUAAUAUUUAAUUUUUGAAAGCAAUUGGUAAAUUUAGCUAUUAAAAUUUAAAUUUUCACCUCAAAUAAAAAGUGUACUUGAGUAUUUCUGCCAUGUUAUGAUUUUGAGCUUUGUAUUAUAAUAACAUGAUUAAUAUUCCACGUGGCU